AUGCAAAUCCUUCUCGCUCAAGACGGUUUUGGCGGUCGAUGUUUGGUGUCGACCAUGGCGAGGACCGCACAUAUAACCGCAGAGAUUCCACAGCUCAUGCAGUUCAAUCACGUCGGAUUCGAGAGACGCCGCUUCGCUCUGGGUAUCAGUCUCCCUAUUCAGGUGCAUGGGGUGCAUCCGAAUACCGACGGGGGAGACGUGGAUUCGAUACUCUUCCCCGACGCAACCGCUCGCCGUCACCUUCAUAUCCGCACCCUCGACAGUAUCCAGGCUCGUUUCAUCGGGAUGAACGAUCUUUCUUGCACACCCCGUCUUCUCGUCGAGUCCCCAGUGCACGGUUUGUUGAAGAGAUCCACGAGCGUCGUCGGGGAUUCUCUCCCGAACGUUUGCAUAGAGACCCACGACAGCCCUCACGGAGUUGGAGAUUCUACACUUAUUCAUAUCCCCGAGAACAACGAUUCCGUGGUCGAACCCAGUACAAUCCCACAUCUUCAUGCUUCCAGUCACCGCCACGGCUGCCGUCAUGGUCAACCUCCCGGACACGAACACGGCGACCCCGACCAUCUAGCCCGGUCCCUGAACGUGAGCCUCCAAGAAGAGGACGCUACACUGACCCCAUUGAUGAUUAUCAUCGGCAUUUUAAUCCACGGCGCGCUGCACCCCUGGCUGUGGUCGUCCAUCCUCCUUCAAGUUGCGGAUCUUAUGAACGAAUUCGCCCCGUGA